AUGGCUUCAACCCAUUCCACGGGCGGACAGUCCGCUGCUGCUUCCAAAAAGCGCGGCCCCCCAGCUCACAACGCCCGCAGCGAUGCGUUCAUGCAGAAGCGCGCCAAGGUGCAUGCUGCGCGAAGCAUCCCGACGCAAGCUGCCGAUGCCGCGCUCAAGGAUGGCGAGCUGGACCUGGUGGCCUUUGUAGCGGCGCACGAGUUUGAGAUUCGUGCCUUGGAGCAGAGCAUGGCCACGACCAAAGCAGUCAAGAGCAGCAGGGCCUUCCAGCAGGUCCCUCGCGGGUUGAGACGGCGCACGGCGAGCCACAACCCCAAGCGGGUGCCGCGAAGGCUUCGGGCCAGGGCCAGGAAAGAGAUGGACGAAGACAACACGCCCCUAGUCGAAUCACGAAAACGAAAGCCGAGGACGACGAGAGCGAGGAUACGAGCCCAGACGGCCAAGCGACUGCGCAUACUCUCAGCGCGCAAGAAGAAGAGGAAGCAGAAGAGGAGCCAGCAGCCCUCCGACAACGAGAAGCAACACGACCCGAAAGCGUCUGCGACAACGGGCGUCACCGACGUGGCAAGGGCUCCCAAGCCCAAGAUACGGAGGAACGCGCUCAACGAACCACCCAGACCGGCCGCAAAGUUCAGAAGGAGGCAGAUGAACAAAACCUGGCUGCCCACACAUCAAUGGCACGCAAAGCGGGCUCGCAUGACGGAGCCCACGGAGCCCCUGUGGCGCUUUGCCAUCCCGCUGACACCCAAUGAAAAGAUAUAUCGACCGACGCACAGGGCGCAAGGAGAACGCGGGACAAUGGUCUGGGACAUGACAUAUAUGAGUACCAUUGGCCUCUAUGGAAACUUUGCCGGCAUGGCGCGAGUCCUCCAAAGGGUCGGAGUGACGAAUGAUUCUUGCUGGGACGACAGAGGAGCAAAGUGGAGGCAGGGUACCCGAGCGUGGACUGGCAUCUUGAGCAGGGAGAGAGCCGGAAUUCGGCGGCCAAUAUGCCAAUCGAUAGUUAUCUGGGAUCCUGAGGCAGCGCCACAACACAUCGACGAAGAUGGCGCAGGGAGGGAAGGAGAGCAGCGAGGCGCAAUCGACAAGAAGAUGCAGAGACGCGUCUUUCUCAGAGUCCAUCCUUCGGCUUUUCUGGAGCUAUUCAAUGAGCUACUGCGGCUGAUCAAGAUGGAAAAGCCCAGGCUGUACAUUGAAGAUUUGAGGUUCGAAAUCGGAAGCAUAGAGCUCUCUGGUCCCGCGUCUACCGAGGUUCUACUGUCAGUCUUGACGCCGUAUCCUUCCGGGGAUUCAAGUCCGAAGAACAAGCAUGCCGAACUGUUCGAGUCUCUGAAAGGGCUAACAAACCCGGCGGCCCUACCGAGUAAUUCAGUGCUACACUUUGCAGUCCAGGAUCCUCGGCUGAGGUAUCCGCCACGGAAGAUGGAGUUCCCCGAGAACGAGCAGGCUCAGAUGGAUUUGCUGGCAACGAUCGCCAGCUGGCCCGCGGAAGAUAGCUUGCAGCCGUCGCUGCUAUUCGACCGACAUGCCCGUCAUAGGGCCUCUUGCUUGCCAUCACAAAAGUCCAUCAACAGGAGAAGAAGUAAGGUCACAUCCGGAGCGCUCCUGAAGCCAACCAUCCACGAUCCCCCAAUCCCCGUCACGCUCAUCGCGUCUCGUUCCGCGCCAGGCGCGCAGGCGCAAGGGACAUGGACUCUGCUGGCUCCCUGGAAAUGCAUACUCCCUCUGUGGUACAGCAUCGUUCACUGCCCGCUUGUCUCGGGCGGCAACCCACGGUUUGCCGGUCUCAACGAGACGAUGCAAGUGGCCUUUGAACGCAGUAUCCCAUGGUUCCCUGCCGACUUCCUAGGUACUGACGCAGGAGCUGAAUGGGAACUUGAGCGCAGGCAGAGGCGAAAGAGGGAUUGGGCACGGCGCCCCAAAAGCAAGAGGGUCGAAUGGACGUCUCUAUCGCUGGGCGCAGGCCGACAGGGCGAGAUUGGAGACGGCCACGCCUGCGACUUUGAAUUCCUCUUUGGCCUUGCGGCGCAGCAGCAGCAGCCGAGUGCACCGCCCGACGAUGCAGGGGAGGCAAUGGACGUUGAUGAGGAAACUUUGACGCCGACCAAGGAGAAGUUGAAAGACGUCGCGAUACCACGCCUCAAGCUUUUGAACAGCAUCCCCAAACCAGACUUCAACAGCCUGCUUUCGCCAUCCUCGCCUCUUCAGCCGCUUCCUCCAAACGCCAUUGCGUGCGUCCGGAUAUCGCUCCUCUCGCGAGGCGUUGUCGGUCCAUGCGCGAGGAUAUACCGUCUACCUUCAGUCCCCAUCCCAAUACCGCCGUCAUCCGAUGCCGAAGUUCCCGCAAGCAUGCCCCCAGAGGCUUUGUCUCUUCCGUCCGAUCUUCGUUCGCAGUGGCUUUCACGCAUCCCCUUGUCUUCGUCCUCUCCCACCUGGUCCAAGUCCAGGUCAUCUCUAGCUUCCCAGACUCAUUCAAAGAGGGCAGCGUCGCGUUUAGACGACCUGGAGACGCGCAAACGCAUUCUAGCGCAGGAGCUCCUCAAUGCUCCUUCAACUCUGGAAAGCGGCUCGGGGGCCAACGAGGCGGAUAUUGGCGGACACCAUCCGCUGGUGCCUGAUGCAAAGGACCUCAUUGGCUUUGUCACCACGGGGUCUUUCUGUCUGGCGAAUGGUCGAGGGGCGGCGAUUGGCAGCAUCGCCGUAGAGAAGGUGUUGGCAGAAGUCCGCGCGAACCCCAAGGAGGGGAGGCUGUGCAUUGUGAGAAACGCCGGCGAGAAUGUUGGCUGGAUCGCAAGGUGGGAGGCGGUUUGA